CUGCCCUUGACGCUUGGCACUGGCUUCAUGUCGCCCCUGUGAAACUGGCACCCCUGGCCUCGCUCACCAAUGACUGUUACAACACACCCUCACACUGAGGAAGAGUGCGCCACAGAGGAGUGACUUGGACAAACACUCACACAGUGACCGUCGUGGGAGAGAGAGACGAGGCAGAGGGUGGAUGGGACAUGUCGUCAAACAGACUGUUCGGAACGCCACAAUGCCACGGAGCUCCCCGACUGAGCUGGGAAGACACUGACCCAGGGCGACAUACUUCACAGGAAUCCUGAUAUGGACUCACCUCAACUCACACAAUGAUGAAGACUUGGUGGAACUCGGCCCCAGGGCUCAGAGAGGUCAUUUUGCUUGCAGGCUUAUUGGGCUCCAUGUCUGCACUGUUGGAACUUAGAGGAGACUUAUAAGGCCCCUCAGUGACCUAGAGGAGCAGGUGGUUGAGUCAUGGCUGAGAUGGAGCACCUGCCAGCGGCGAGGCAGGGCCACGAUCCGGCGGUCCGCCCGAGGCCCGAGCUGGCCUGGGUGCAGCGCCGCACGCUUGACGAGCAGGUGGAGCUGUGGUGGUUCGGCGAGCCACGCGUGUCGCUGCUCUGCUACGGGGCGUCGGUGGGCCUGGUGCUGGGCCUGGGCCUGGGCGGCGUGGGCCUGCUGUCCAGCGCCUCGACGGCGCCGGGCCGCUCGACCGCCGCCUGGCGCCUGGGCGUGGGAUCGGCCCUCUGCCUGCUGGCACUGGCCGUGCUCCUCAAGCAGCUGCUCAGCUCGGCCGUGCAGGACAUGGGUUGCGUGCGCAGCCGGCGGCAGGUGGAGCUGCUGCGCAGUGGCGGACGCCUGGACCCACCGCUGCUGCUAGCCGCCGGGCUCGGCACGGCCUCAUGCGGUGCCGCCCUGCUGGGCCUGGCCGGCGACGACGACAUGCUGCCCGCUGGCGCCGUCCUCCUGGCCUGUGGGGGCGCUGUGGCGCUGGGGGUGGGGGCGUACACCGCUACGGUGCUCUGGAGGAGCCGGAGGGACGUCAGGAGGAGGAGUAGGUGGAGGAGGAGAGGCAGGCGGAGGAGGGUCAGGGUGUACAAUGUCGCUGGGCCAAACCCACAGCCAUGGAGAGACUCGGCAUCAAGCCAGGCCAGUUUGAUAUGAGGACAGAGGAACACAGGGAUGGAGGGAGCAGCAGACAGAAGAAGAGGAGUAGAAGACUGUUGUGGAGUCAAAAGAAGUGAUGAAGAGAAGAGAUGCAUUCCUCAGUGCUCAAUCAUUUCUCAUUCGGCCCUAUAUCUUUAUAUACCACACCUUCACAGUCUUUGCUCAAUCUGGAAUCAGGUCACACACAAACCUGCUUCCCUUUGAUCGUGAUCAUCUGAGCCAGUCUAAAUUAAGAGAUUCAUUACUUGGCAUGUAGCCUACUGUUUGAGGCAAGGUUAUUUUAUGAGCUGAAUUUAUCAGAGACUAAAGGAGCCUGUCCAUCCAAUUUAUUUUGUAGAAUGUGGGUUGUGCACCUGUUACACAACUUUAUUCUCUUUUCU